GAAUAUACGUACACACGAAACGCGCGCGCACCUAUUCCCCCCCGUGCAAUACGUCCGCUUCCGCUGCCGCCAUCGUUGCACUCAACGCCUACCCAGCUACACACCCGCGCCAUGGGUGAAGGCGAUCGUCCGCCCACGGCUGCUGGCCCUGGCCGAAGCGCCUCUUCGUCUGCAAACAUCUCGCGCCGGGGCUCCGACUAUGGUUCCGAUUUUCCGACCGCCAGCCAGCUUGCUUCUGCCACGAGCUCAGCAGAGGGCGCUCGGCGUCGUCAACAAGGAGCUGCUGCCCAGGCCCAACCGGCAGGAUAUGGGUCCAUCACCUCGCCCAUCGAUCGCAGACAGAACCUCAACCCCUCCGAUCAGCAGAAACCGAAGAAGCCCUCCAUGAGCCGCCGCUCCACUUCAGCUCGAUUUCCCCACAAGGGCCAGGAGUUCUCAGUCGACGACGCCGAGGAUGAAGUGAGCCUGGACCAGUCCGAGGUCGACCAGCAGCAGCCACAGCAGCAGCAGCAGUCGUCCCAGAAGCAACCCAAGCCUUCCAAACAACAAGCCCCCGGGCAAUCGCUGCGCAGCAAACCGUCUACGGUGCGUCGUCGGACAGCAGCGCAACCGCCAGCACUUGCCACUGUUAGCUCACGGGAAGGAGAUGAUGAAGAUGCGGGCGACUCGACCAAUGAGCCUCGAGUCGCAGCGUCAUCCGCAGACGCAGAUGCGCAGCCUAGCUCUUCCAGCGAGGACACACUCGAGGUCGAAGACGAUGCCGCCAACACCCCGGUAGAUGAGGACGAGGACGAUGGGGAUAUCAGUGAUGCCGAAAGCUUCACGCUCAAGGACCGUCAAGAAGCCAUCAACGUGACACAUCCCUUUGGUAUCAGGAUAUGGAAACCUGCCUUGUACAAAAAGGAUCGCUCCGUGCAGCGGAACGCCGAAGGAGAUAUCCACUCCACCCCAGGUCUCUAUGUUAGCAACUGGCUGUUACUAUUCAACUUUGCGUGGACUCUCGUCUUUGGUUGGUGGCUAGCACUUCUUGCUGCCGCUGGAGGUCUGCUGUGUGCUCUGCUCUGGUUCGCCGAUAGCUGCACCGAGUAUUCGCAUCUGCUGUUCCACCUUGCAGGCUACCUGUUCUACCCAUUCGGCAGACACGUCAAGUUAUUACAGGACGAGGCAUACGCGGAAGAGGAUGAAGGCGAAGGACGCAGUAUCAGUGAAUACGAACAAUGGCAGAGCGGCGACAUCGAGGAAGGCCGUCUGUUCUUUGGUCCUUCCGAAGGCACUGGAUCCCUCGUAGGCCGAAGGAACAGCAUCGACUCCACCGACGAAACCACUAGCCUACUCGGUAGGGAUGGUCGUGCCAAUCUCGUGCACUCGGACACUGCGCGCACGAAGAGACGGCUGUUUGGUCGUGGUAAAUGGAAUGUUGGGCGCGUUGUUUUCUUCGUCUUCUUCUACGGGUUCUUGACUCCGGCCCUCUUCAUUGUCUCUGGCUUAUGUUGGUUCCUUGUUUUCACGAUUCCAAUGGGCAAAGUAACGCUUCUCCUAUUUGAUCACCUCCGAAGACACCCGCUUGCCCUUUCCUUCCAUUCGGACGGCGGCAAUAUUCGACGACCUGGCGAGUCUUCAUCUAUACUGCUAUGCACCUACCGCGCUGUAGGCAUCAAGUACUGGAAGUACACCAUCGACGGGACUAACAUCUUCCUCAUCAACCUUCUCGGUCUGGUUGCUUUUGUCAUAUUUGACUACUGGGUGCUCGAUGUUGCGCUCGGUCUGGAUAUCAUGCUAACAAAUCAGUUCCUGGUCUUCACGUUGGCUUUGUUUUCCAUCAUCCCAUUGGCUUAUUUCAUUGGCCAGGCUGUUGCAUCUAUUUCCGCCCAGUCGUCUAUGGGAGUAGGCGCCACAAUCAACGCCUUCUUCUCCACCGUGGUCGAAGUUUUCCUCUACUGUGUUGCUUUGAAGGAGGGGAAGGCUCAACUUGUCGAGGGUAGUAUUAUUGGCAGUAUUUUUGCCGGUAUCCUCUUCUUGCCAGGACUUUCCAUGUGCUUCGGUGCUCUUAAGAGGAAAACCCAACGAUUCAACGUCAAGUCUGCUGGUGUUACAUCGACCAUGCUGCUCUUCGCUGUCAUCGGCGCUUUCAGCCCAACCCUGUUCUACCAGAUCUACGGGAGCCACGAAUUGAAUUGCCACCAGUGUGUCCGACAUUCUCAUCACUUACCAAUGGAAAGCGAUUGCCGACGAUGCUAUUACUCGCAAACCCCGGCAGUACACGACAGGUUCUACGUCGAAGCUGUGAGGCCGUAUAUUUGGUUCGCAUCCGCCCUGCUGUUCUUUUCCUACGUCAUUGGUCUGCUGUUCACCUUGCGAACACAUGCUGCUGUCAUCUGGAGUACUGAAUUGGAUGAAAAGAAGGCUGUCGACCUUUCUUCCAGCCAAAUGACAACCAGUGGGCACCUACCCGACUUCCCCAAUGCGCUCACCAGGCAGGUCACCAGCAACUCGAUAGCGCGUGGGGACAUUCGGAGCAGCCAGCUCUACAGGCGCAUCAUUGGACAAACUCUGCAACAAAUGGACGAUUAUCCUAAUGCCGAAGAGACUGAGCAAGGACGACCUGCAUCGAGAUCGGACAACCAGACCCCACAUGUUGUGCCUCCCAAAGACGGAGACGAACACAAUGCGUCUUCUGCGUUCCAUCUGGACGGCCUUUCUGAACGGGACAACCAGUCUCUGAUGCGACAGAUUACAGAGAUUGCAGCAGCGACAACUGCUCUGGCGACUCGUGAAGUUGUCAAGGCGCCUCGAAAGACUGCCCAUUUAGCUCAAUCGCAGAACAAAGGACACGCCGAGCGACCGCAUCACCACAGAGCACCGACUGGCGAAGGCGUUGAGGAAGCUGCCCAGCCAGCGGCGGGUGGGCACGAUGCGCCGAACUGGAGCAGGGGAAAGAGUUCCGCCAUCCUUCUCACAGCGACUGUGGCAUAUGCCGUCAUCGCCGAGAUUCUAGUCAAUACCGUAGAUGUGGUGCUUGAGGGUUCCAACAUUGAUGAAAAGUUCUUGGGGAUAACGCUGUUUGCGCUGGUUCCCAACACGACCGAAUUCCUUAAUGCCAUCUCCUUUGCCAUGAAUGGUAAUAUUGCAUUGUCGAUGGAGAUUGGUUCAGCAUACGCGCUCCAAGUCCUGCUCCUCCAGAUCCCGGCGCUUGUUCUGUACAGUGCAUUCCAUAUCCGCUACAUCGACCCAUCGCAGGUCAUCCACCAAUCUUUCAGUCUGAUCUUCCCUCAGUGGGACAUGGUCACAGUCAUUCUAUGCAUCCUUUUACUUUCAUACAUGUACGGCGAAGGCAAAAGCAACUACUUCAAGGGGUCCAUCCUCAUCCUCUCGUACUUUGUGGUCAUUGUUGGGUUCUACCUAUCGAGCUUCAACGAUUUCGAUCGAAUGGGAGUGGAUCCGAUGGAUAGGUUGGCGCUUGGUGGGUUCAUGGAAGCGAAUCAGCAGUACCAGUCGAUGUCAUUCAAGACGGCGGGGCGGGGAAAGAGCGGUGCGGCUUAUUAAGU